ACAAAGAAAACCGUGUUUGGUGUACCUUUUUCUCUUACUAUCCAUCCAGAGCAAUAAAAGUGAGGAGAGUAAAACAAUGUUGUUUUGAAAUGGGGAGAGAGAGAGAGAGGGAGAGAGAGAUGUAUUUGUGCUAAUGUGUGGGGAUUGAUAAAAGAAAAAAGAAAACUUGAUUGUGUUUGUUUGUUUAGCUUUAUCUGCCGACAGAAAACGAGGCCAUAAAGGGUGAGUUUUGAGGGACAACUUAAGGCAAGGCAAGUAUAUAUUUUGCUUUCUGGCCAUGGAUUUCUGCCGGAAUGUGUCAGUUGCCGGUGAACAUCAGCAAGAGCAGGUCAUUUCCCCUCCUUGUUCCAAGCUUUCAGGCUUGUCUACUGCAGCUACUGGUCUUGACGAUCUCUUCUCUGCUCAGAACACGGAAGCAGAUGUCAGCUUAGAAUGGCUAUCAAUAUUUGUGGAAGACUGUUUAUCCUGCAAAGGGAACUGCCUCCCACCACCCACAAAUAUUGAAACAACAAGUACAACUCCAAAAUCCUCAAAAGCUUUGCCUUUGCCUUUGCAUUUGCAGAAGAAAUCCCAACAAAAUCCAACUUCAUCUUCAUCUUCACUUCAAAACUUUGCAGUACCAGGUAAGGCCAGGAGCAAAAGGAAAAGGGCAAUUAUGCCCAAAAACAGGACCAACCCAUUAACCAGCUGGUCUAAUAACCUGAUUCUACAAGGCCAAACCCUCCAAAUCCCAAGCUCUGACCCUCCCCUCCUCAAACAGGCUUAUUGGUUGGCUGACAGUGAGCUUUUUGUACCUAAAAAGGAUGAAAACAGCACUUUGAGAAGUGAUGAACAUGAGGAAACUGGGGAAGAUGAAGCAGAUGAAGAUCAGAAAAGGAUAAUGGUGAGCAAGGAGAACUUGGAGGGUAACAAUGGGCAGCAGCCAAUGCCAAGGAGAUGCACCCAUUGCUUAGCACAAAGGACCCCACAGUGGAGGGCUGGACCAUUGGGUCCAAAGACAUUAUGCAAUGCAUGUGGGGUGAGGUAUAAAUCAGGCAGGUUGUUGCCAGAGUAUAGGCCUGCCAAGAGCCCUACUUUUGUGAGCUAUUUGCAUUCCAAUUCCCACAAGAAAGUUAUGGAGAUGAGAAUGUCUCUUCUCUCUUCUAUUCCUAGUGGAGAGUAGUCAUUUCUAUUUCUCGAUUGUUUUAAGUUUAAUCACACUCUAGAUAGCAAAAUUUUUAGAAGAAAUUCGAAACUAGUUAUGUAUGGCAUACUACCACUACUACAACUACUACUACUAACCCCCUUAUUUGUUUUA